UUGCAGGAAGUCUUCGCUCGCCUGCUGCCUCUAAAAAACCAGCAGCUCUUCACUUUCACCUUCUUCUAAGGACCGUUCAAAGAACGUAGACCGCUUUCUAUUCUCCCUCUCAAGAUGAAAUACUCUGGCUACAAUCUACAUAGCCUGGUGCUUUGCUAUGUUGUUCCCCAACCGGACCAGCAGGUAGACUUGGAGAUGGAAGACCUACUACACACCAGCGUGGAACGCGCUCCAAUGUUGACAGAGUUAUUUUAUGCUCCGGUCAGUGAAUGCAUCCAGUGAAUGCAACUGCACUGAACUCAAAUAUUUGUGCUUCUGUUUUUGUUCUGUUUGUGUGCCUCGUCUAAUAUAGGAUUAGUGUUCUGAAAAAUGGUUGCGGACAUUCCAAAACCUACAACAAAUGGGACUACCGGUCGUAAGGAUCACCAAGGGGAAGACAAAUGUGGUGACAGCGGAGAAGAGCUGGUUGCGUUGAUUCUAAGUGAAGGCGCCAAACUACCUAUCGACUUCAAACAACCGUUCCUUCUGCCCGCUUGGUUUGACAAAGAAAAAUUUCACAGGGGACAAAGAUUCUUCAAUAACAACUACUUCGCAUUAUUUGUUGCGAAACUAUCGGGUCUGCUGACAAUUCUUGCAGUGGAGAGUAUCCUCAAAGUUCUCAUACUCACUGGCAAAUCAUCAGAACCUCUCACAGCUUUCCGAAGAUACCUGGACACUAUUGUUAAUAUGGUGGACUGGUAUGAAGGAGAUAUCUGUAAUCCGAAUUCUGUUUGCAGGAAAUCGUUGCUGACAAUCAGAGCCCGACACUGCGGUGCGAACAAAUCGUCAAGUGCAGCCGGCUUUGGGCCAAUCACACAGCGCGACAUGGCCAUCACUCAGUUCGGAUUCAUGGGCUUUCCAGUGCUCUGCUCCGAAAAACUCGGCAUUCAGCCAACCAAUGAAGAGCUGGAGGGAUUCAUUCACUUCUGGAGAGUGAUAGGACAUCUACUGGGCAUCAAUGAUAGACUGAACUUAUGCAGAGGAGACGUAGAAUCAACACGCGCAGCCUGCAGGAAAAUUCUGAGUGAUGUGCUGGUUCCCGCCCUGGAAACACCAGUCAAAGACUUUCCGCCAAUGGCAAACGCCCUACUGAACGGCAUGUGGGCCAUGGUGCCUUUCCUGCAAGCCGAGGCGUUCAUGGACUUCACCCGUCACUUGUGCGGGAUCCCGCAGCCCACCGAACUCAGAACGCUCUACAGCAGAAUGAUCCUACAAAUCCAAUUGUUUGUGCACUCGGUUCUACUAACUCGCUACUAUUUAGCCGUCAUUUUCAGACCCAUUCUGAACUUCCAAAUGUGGUUAGCAGUAUUCAUGACACCCAAGUUUCCACUUCUGGCGUUCCUCACUUUUGGGCGCAACAUUUGCACAACUGAAACUCAUUACCAGCUCCAACCAACGAUGCUGACUGCUUCGUGAAAUUUAAAUCGGAAAGAGAUAACGUUCCUCAUAUAGCUUGCCACAACUGGUUCACGAUCCACAUAAUACAAGAAUGCUAUAUACAAUAUAGUGCUAAUUUUAAUGCUUUGUAGUUAGGUCCAUGUUAUAAUGGCAAUGGAUAAAGAUAGGAGGACAGCGUUGCCGAUUCUCUGCCUUGCGACUGCCUUCUAUAGAGGGUAGCUGAUACCGGUAUAUCUGAUCAUGUAAUUAACUGUUCAUUCUUGUUUUCUAAAUAAUUAUAUUUUAUUCGUCAAAAAUAUACUUUUCAACGAUUCAUAAUUGGAAAUUUUCAUAACUGAUAUUGAAUAUUUAAAUAUUAAUCAUAUUUCUACAUUUUUGGAAAAGUAUAUGGCAACGUUGCGGAGCUAGAAAAGGAUAGCGCUGUUUGCUUUGUCGAAUGAUGGACAAGAAUAGCAACACAAAUAUUAAUCAAAUACUGCCAAUAUAACGUAGACCUCACUAUGGGAAGCGCAUACCGAGAAGGCCCCUGGUUUUCAUUGUUGGCAGUGGUUUUCAAUUGACUGCCAGAAGACUUUUCGUUACGUGCUACCUAUAACUACCGAGCUGUUAAAAAAUCUUAAUAUAAUCUGUGAAGCACACCUCUCAUGCUCAAAUAGUGAAAACAAGGCAUUCAAUCGACUAGUCAGUUGAAAGAUCAGACAUCCUUGAUGAAUCAAUAGAACUGGAAUUUGUUUUAUUCAACUUACGAGUGAAUAAUAUUUAUUUUAUUGGUGUGUGUGUGUGUGUUGAAGACAAUAGCUUAGGAACUCUCAAAUGGGAUUUAAACAUCUAGUCAACUGAUAUAAAUUUGAUACUUUUUACAAUUUGUGAAAGUAGUAUUAUUAAGAAUAAGAAUAAGAAUGUUUUAUUCCUUCAAGCAUUGUUUACAUUGCAAUUGGAAACGUCAAAUAAAUACACAGUCAAAACAUGUAAAAUAUUACUAAAACUAGACAUAAGUUGAGAAUAGGCUAAUUGAUUUUCAACACAAACAUAUCAAUAUAAUCGAGUACGGUAAGAUCACAUAAUAUUCUUAUCUUCUAAAAUCACAGAAUAUCUUCUAAUUGAGGUUCUUCAAAGAUUAAUAAGGUUUUCAUAAUUAGGCAAAAUCUUCCACUGUUACUUGAUAAAAAUCAGAAAUAGAAUAUAAGGGGGUUUUCAAAAGGAGAGACUCUAAACAACAUUUAAAUUUUCAUUCGUGUAAAACCCUAACCGAAUAUGGUAGUGCAUUGAAAAGCUUUAAUGAUAUGAGACUUGGACUAUUUAAUACCUUGCUUAAUCUUGAGUAGGGUACAUCAAUUUUGGAUUUGUUCCUAGUAUUGUAGCUAUGUAUUUCAUCCCUACAGUGGAACAAGCCUAUGUAACUAUGUAACUAAUUUUACCAAUGUAAAUGGACAAAAGCAGGUUACCGGUGUUCAAUUUUCUUUCAUCACAUAUUAAUUUUUCAAUUUUUAACUGACCUAAAAGAUAUGAUGAGCUUUUUGAUUUUGUAUAGUUCAGCAAUAAUUGUUACAAAUUACACAUUGUGGUAGUAUAACCAAGAAUAUAUUCGAUAUUUUCUACAAUAUCACAUGUGUAAUCGGCAUUCAAUAGGGUACUGUACUUCAUUAUUCUUCAAAAGCCCUCUCUGAUAAAAUUAUUUUAAGUAUAGAUAAGUAAUAAUAAUAUAAUAUACGGUAAGUAUCGUACCUAGAAUAUAAAUACCCUACGAAAGUAGUCUAAUUAAGUCAAAUUAGAAAUUUCUGUUAUUGAGAAAAAUAGUCGAAUUAAUAAAUUUAGCCUAUUAUAUAUUUAUGAGACUUUUAGAGUUUUGACGAAGAACUUCCACUUUGCCAAUCAUAAAGAUACUAUCUUAACCCAUACAGCCAAGCGAAAAUAGCACUAUGUAGGCUUACAUAUUAUUAAUAUAAAAGUUAAUAUUACCGUUAUGACAAAAAGAUUCAGACAAUCUACAGCAACCGUAUUUACAUAUCAUUGACUUACACGGAAUAUUUUUUAUGAAAGUAGGACUAGAUAAUCACUUGAGCCUGACGAAUCACACGAGCAUUUAUUAAAUGGCUUUAAUUAGUAUCAUAGCUGUACAUAGAUUAAUAUAUCUUGUAUUUCAAUAAGUUUUCUAGUUUAAGUCUAGGUGUUCAGUAAUUACAAGUAUGUAAACGUGGAAUUUGUCACUAUAGGCGUCCGUAAAACGUAUUCUUGUAAUAUUGUAAAUUUUGUACGAGAUUUAUAUAUUUUAUUGUAAAAUUAUAUAACGUUUUUUUAAGUU